CGUCCCGUAACAAGAUCCAAAUUCUAUCAACAGAUUGAUGUCAGCGCAUCCAAGAAACGAGGACUAAAAAAAAAAUAGCAUUGUAAGGCGAAAUCUGUGGGCAAGUUUGUCAAAAAUAGUUUUGGCUAUCAUAAAUCCAAAAAUGAACUUUUUUCUAAAAACCGCAUAUAAACUGACCAAGCCAGGCGCAAAGUCCAUAUGUGGGUCCCUAGAUCAUAUUGUAAAGAACUAUCCAACGGCAAGGUAAGUCUCAUCGAUCCCAUAUUACAUGCGUCCUUCCUCCAUUUACUCUUUUUUUCUAGCAAGCUUUCAAAGGACCUUGAAUUGGUUCAGGAAGUGCUGUUUCCUGGACCAUUAACCGCUCCAAGUGUUUACAAACCGAAAAAACAAACGAUAUCAAAGUCUAUCACUCAAGAAGAAAUGCAGGAAGCGAAUAUGAUUAUAGAAAAACUUCUGUCUCGAUAAAAAGCGCAUCUUAUUGUCAACGGACUUAGAAAAGACGCCAGAGCAUCCAAGACAACCGCUGAGCUUCACAGUAGAAUGCUGCAAAAACGGCAUCAAAAAUUUUUUUUUGCAAAAUGUGUCAAAAAACAAUCCUGACAAAGAUUUAAGCCAAAUUGUACCCCAAAUAAAUCGCGCAACCUUUUUUGAAUUCGGUCAUGCUCGCAGGGUUAAAAUUUAUUCUCUAAAAUUGCUAAAAAGGAUACACGCUGGAAUAUGGAGGGCACACAUUAUCAAAUCCAUGGCUCAUCGGGCGAAAAACGUCGCGUUUCAGAUCUGAAGUGGAUCCAAGACAAUUUCGAAAAUCUAUAUCAACGUUACGUGAUCAACAAGACAGACUCGGCUACGUCGAAUCCUCCUAUCCUACGUUUCUCGCCCCCUUGUUCCAAGCCUAUGCUAGAUGCUUUCAAGCACUGCUUCCUGCUUGGAUGUCGCGCACCCACAUCAUCAGGUGGUCGCGCGCUCGCAUCUGUCACUGCGAUUCAUCAUCCGGCAGACGCAGACAAAGGUCACCAAAGCUGUCAAACUUCAAGCGACCAUCAUCUUUUUGACAAUACUGAAAAUGUAGAACUGUUGAAAAACGAACGAGCACCUCCACCGGACGACCUGAGCAUUCCUCUGCAGCGACCAUCGCCUUACGUUUCUCCUCGGUACGAGCCAGCUCCAAUGUGUUCGCCGGUCAGCCAGCCCCUCACGCCCAUCUCCUUCGACCAUCUACCCAAUACACACAACAAGAAUCAAUAUACGAACGCAGACCGGUGCUCUUCCGUAGACUCACGGACCCAGACACCAAUGUUCGCAGAAACGAAGCCAACCUCAGCUCCUCCUCCUGCAAACAGAUCAAAUCCUCACGACGCCGGCUCUGACCGCUCCUACCAGCCAGACCCGUCCUUGGACGAGAUGUCGAUUCACGCCCAAAAAAGUACCUUUUCGGAUCCGAGCGAAGCGUCAAUUCUGUCAAUUCCGUCGGCUCCACUGACUCGUCGGCGAAAGGACGCCCUUUCGAAGCCGUACCCCACAGACGUCAUCAGACGUCGCCUGAUGUCGCUAGAGGAGCUGGACUCGCCAGCGGCAGUGCCCACAACUUUUUUUUGUAUAGUAAAAAAGCACCCGCGUCAGGAGCUCCGUGACACGGAGCUUGGCGCAAGUCGCGAGCGAACGGACGGACGCAUCACCGGAACGAGCUGGUCCCGGCUGGAGGAGCGACUCAAUGCCGGGAACAGACCGAAAGAGGUGCCUAGAGCGCCUGCAGUUAUGUUGUCCGUUGACCAAGUCAAAAAGCUGAUCUUUCCGACCAUCCAAACGCUGAUUGAGUCUAGGAUCAUCUACCACCAUGAUAUUUUGUACGACGAAGAAGGGUUCCUGGAAGACGUCACCGUAUCUCCAAACAUGGAGCUGAUCGGAGUGAAAAAGACGUUUCUGUCCAUCGACGAUCUGAUCUUGAACACGACAAGAAACACCAUGCAAUUUCGAGAGGCGCACGUCUCAAACGGUUCUAUGGGCAUCGUGAACCUCAGCAAGAAGGCAAGUAACGGCCCCGUCCUGACGUUCCACCCACAGCGGAGGCCCCUGUGGACGACUCUGCAAGCAUACUACCAUUUGAAAUUGAGUCCUGUCUUCCUGAGGAGGUGUAUCGCGGCGGCCGCGUUCGCAAAUUCAAAAAAAAAAGCGCAAGGCAGCUCUUCUGACUCGAAAGACGCACCGACUUCCCCCACACAGACGGCCUCUCAGGCGGUGGAUGCGCGACAGCGCAUGGGAGACUGGGCGCCGACACCGUCGGGCCAGGAGGAGCCGUCCAGGAAAAAGAAAAGGGUCAACAAGUACAUGUCGAGUCUGAAAGUCCUCCCGAUGGUGGGACCGAGGUCGAAACAAAGAAGCAAAGGCUGACGCGAGGGAAGAGGGGAAAAAAAAUCGCGGAGGCAAACGCGCGGUCGGAGUCGAAGAGAAAAUAUGACAAAACGAUAAAGCGCAAACCUGUCAAAUUUGUGUAAAA